AUGAUGGAUGACUCAUAUUUAGACGUGACGGCCGACUAUGUCGACGAUUGUAAAAUAACUCAAAAGAGUUACCAUUCGUUCACACCGUAUUCAAGCUCCGCUUUAUCAUACAAUGAAGAAAUUAGAAUUAAUGUUCAGAACAUGGAUUCUUACACUUUGCCGUGUGAGAGUUAUAUUUUCAUCGAGGGUAAAAUAAAUAAACCUACCGAUGCAGUGGGGGAAGUUCGUUUUUCAAAUAACGGAUUGGCAUUUUUAUUCUCUGAAAUGCGAUAUGAAAUAAACGGAAUAGAAAUACAGAAAUUGAAAUCACCUGGAAUUGCGUCUUGUUUGAAAGCAUACUGCUCAUAUACUCCAAACGAUUUGAAUGCAUUAGAGAACAUGGCUUGGGACUCGGCAAUGGAUAGUGAAGAUAAUAAAAAUUUUAUGACCAAUAAUAUAUUUUCCGGAUGUAUUCCUCUAAAACAUGUAUUCGGAUUUUGUGAAGAUUACAAAAAAAUAUUACUCAAUUGCAAUCAGCAACUGAUUUUGAAUCGUGCAUCUACCGACCUUGAUGCGAUACAUGUUGUGGGUGAAGGCGCAACCGCCGCUGUCGAUAAAAAUAAAAAAAUUACAAUUGAACUGACUAAGGUGACUUGGAAGAUGCCUAUUAUCAAAGUCAGUGAUAAAGAAAAAUUAAAGUUAUUGAAAGUAUUAGAUUCUCGUAAAACACUAUCGUGCGCGUUCAGAACCUGGGAUCUCUGUGAAUAUCCAGUGCUCCCUAGAAAUACUUCUCAUUCGUGGACAGUAAAGUCUAGCAGUUUGCUCGAAAAACCAAGAUUUGUGUUGUUUGGACUACAAACAAGCAGAAAAAACAAUAUCGAAACUGACGCUGGACGAUUUGAUCACUGUCAACUAAAAAAUCUUAAGGUACACUUAAAUUCUGAGGUGUAUCCAUAUGAAGACUUUCGAGCUGAUUUUAAAAAUAAUACCACCAGCAUACUCUACAAAGCUUAUACAGACUUUCAAAAAUCGUAUUACGAAAGAGAGUAUUGUGAACCAUUAUUAUCAAAACAUAUUUUUCAAAACUAUGUGCCAAUCGUCGUUGUUGAUUUGUCGUACCAGAAUGAUAACGUUAAAUCAUCGACCGUGGACCUACGAAUAGACUUUGAAACCGACACAGUUAUUCCAGAAAAGACUGCAGCUUAUUGUUUAAUACUACAUGAUCAGAUUAUAACUUAUAAUCCGUUUAGUGGAGAUGUUAGAAAAUUGUAA